AUGCCCACAGCACUCACUGAAGACGCAUUUUCGAGAUCAUCUGAGCAACUGCCUCCUGAUAUUCUGCCCGACAAUUCGACCCUUGCAUCAUUUCUAGUCAAAGCCAUGGGGAGCAGUCAACAAAACGAGUCCUUCCUCAUGGAAGUAACACACGUAUUUACCCGCGAAGAAGCGAAAGCUUCACUGUCGCAUAUUUUCGAGCUCUUUAACAACGACCAGCACGACCUGGUGACAGAAGAGAUGGCAAAUGGUAUCCACCUGAAGCAUACCAAGGUUCUGAGCAAGGCCGACAAAUCAUUUCUUCGCAUGUGGGCCUACUCAGUCGGGGACUCACGGACGGAGAUGGUUGAGAGACCCAUGUUAGAGCUAUUGUCUAUUCAAUCAGAGCAUACUCUUCGGACGGAUACGAAGAGCUGUCUUGUUGAGAAAGACGAAUACCAACUCAUGCAGAGCAAGUUUGAACAGCUGAAUGCCAAGAUUGAAGAUCAAAAGAAAAGAACGUCGGAUGCUCAGUUACACAUGCAGAUUCGGCUGGCUGAACUAAGUGAGGAGAUUUCCGUCGUCAAAAGGGAUCUGGAAAGUGUCAAACAACAGAAUGCCGAGAUGAUUCAACUUUUGAAGGGAGUUCCUGCACAAGAGGAAUCUGAAGACCCAGUGUUUACCAGACUACGGAAGGACAGAGAGUCCCAACCCUAUCAUUUCCGUAAAUGA